AUGCAAAACAGUAAUAUGGAAAACGUGAGGGUACGCCGAGGCAGUGUGGUGCAACGUGAAGGUGGGGCGGGGCACUUAACAGUGGGACUGGUAUACAGAACCCCGUCAGCCAUUGCUGAGGAUGUUCUGCACAGCAUUCGUCGGUGGACCGCAGGCGGACGUUGUGUGCUUCUGGGUGAUUUCAACGCUCCUAAUAUCAACUUUGAGGCCGGAGUUUGGGGUUACCAUGAUGGUACGUUUGAGUAUCAGCUAUAUGAGCUGUUAGAAUCCCUCUCAUUAUAUCAACAUAUUCAGGAUCUCUCUCGCAUCCAAGUGAGUUCGGCAUCGGUGUUAGACCUUGUCUUGUCACCGAGACGUUCUGAUGUGGUCGACAUAGUUCGACCGGAUCCUUUCGGAUCGAGCGACCAUGUGGCUAUUGUAAUUUAUUGGCGCAUAAACUUUCAUAUCGUGAAAGAUGCUCAGGAGCGUCCCAAUGUGUGGAAUAAACAAUACGAAGAACUGCGAGCGACUGCACAGUGUCUUCAGUGGCCAACAAAUGAGGAUAUCGAUGAUGAUGUUGAAACCAGGUGGGCUCAGUUCAAGAACAACAUCAUCAAUCUAGUCAGCAUGUCCGCUCCACCCAGGUGUACCUCAGCCAAACGCUGGAACCGGGCGGCCUUCGAGGACAGCUUAGCAGCGACCGCUGCUACCGCGCCCAAGAGGCUGUUCGCUUAUCUGAGACGAGGAACCGAAUUUCCUACCACCCUACCACCACUCUUGGACCAAGGAAUGCCAAAGGAUGAUCCAGGUGAACAGGCGGAUAUAUUCGCACGGCAUUACGCAUCAGUGUAUGAGUCAUAG